AUGGCUACUUCUUACACCUUCGAGGAUCUUUCUGGUCCCACACCAACUGUAUCCGACAAUCCGUAUGAUGGUUUGAUAGAGGCUUGCCACGACAAUGCAGCUGAGAUUCAGGCCCGCUAUGAAACACAUCGUAGCAACCGAGGUGCACAGCAAAAGGAGAAACUCUCAUCUCCAGAUUUCACAGGAGUCACCGUCGACACCAUCCUCGCAAGGUUGGAAGACCAGACCAUUGAACCUGGUUUUGCAGACCCGAGAAACUGCCUUGUGUUUUGGGCUCGUCCUCCGCCACAUGUCAAGUCUGUCAUUGCAGAAGUGCAAAAGCGACUCAAAGCAGUCGCGCCCAAACUUUGGGUUAUGCCACAAGACAGUCUGCACAUGACUGCUCUGGAGAUCACCCACUCUCUGACUGCACCUGAGAUUGACGAACUCGUCGAGCAAGUCCGUCCCGGAAUACCUUCCAUCACGGACUAUACCUACUCGCACCGAGCUCGCGUGGUGAAGCCUUCGAUCUCCUAUGAUGCACAAGCUUUCGCCCUGUCAUUCCUUCCUGCUGCUGGCGAAUCGUGUGCAGCAGAUUUCUCUCGCAAACCCGAGGAUGACGACUACACGUACCACCACUUGCGACGCGAUCUGUACGCUUUGACUUCUGCCACUGGUAUCAAAGUCGCAAGCAGAUAUGUUGUACCCUCGGCUCACUUGACCAUCGGUCGCUUCAUCACCACCUCAGACACCGAGACUGCAAACGGCAAGGUCGAUCAAGCACGUAUGCAGGAGAUUGUCAAGACGGUCGACGACAUCAACGAAUGGCUCAAGUCCGAGUUCUGGCCUGUACAGGGUAAGGAUAUCAAGGCUGGUGGUGAGUGGAUUAUUGGUGAAGGAAAGGGCCUUGACAGCCGUAAGGGUCCUCUUUGGUAUGGCUCUGGUGGUGAGACCAUCAGGCUGGGUAAGGGCUUCUGA